AUGGCCGCGCAAUUACUAAUACCGAUCCCUCUCUUCGCCGAGGUGCAACAACACCUCCUUCUGCAGGAACACGAAGCGGAAGUCUCCUCGUCCACACUCGCUAGCACUGCCGCCUCCGUCUCCCCUGCUACCCGUCGCACCCUCCAAGCAACCGGGUACGCGUUAACUGGGAUAAUACUCUCGCAAUGUCGGACUGGUCUCGGUGGGCGUGUCGUCGGCGAAUUUGGUGCGGAUUCUGCGAUCGCCGCGAAGAGUGACGAGGAUGGGAAGAAUCGAGGGGAGGCGCGACUUGGUUCGCACGGGAUCCGGGUCGGGGAUGUAGUGAGGGUUAAUGAGAUCGGGACUGGGGGGAAGAAGAUGGGUAGGGAGAAAGGGAGUGGAGUUGGAAAGGAAGCGAAGACUGGCGCUGGGCCGGAGGGAGUUGUUACAAGGGUUGGGGAGAGAAGUGUUUGGGUUGCUUUUGGACAAAGAGGCGGUGGGGGGAGGUCAAAGGAGGAUGAUGAAGCGAUUGAGGAGUUGUGGGGGAAGAAGCUUUGGCUCAUAAAACUCGCAAACGAUGUUACGUAUCGACGGAUGAACCAGACGAUGGAGAAAAUGGGCAAAAUGUCGGAUACCGAACAUACGCAUUUCAUGCGCGUUGCGUUUGGUCAUACCACGCCACUGCAGGCAGAUUACGAGGCAGUUGGGCCAGUCGAAUUUAUUGAUCCGACUCUGAAUGAUUCGCAAAAAGAGGCGAUCCGGUUUGCCUUAGCUUCCCGAGACAUUGCUCUGAUCCAUGGCCCACCAGGAACCGGGAAGACGCAUACCCUGAUCGAGUUGAUUCUUCAGAUGGUUCAGCGAAAGCUCCGGGUGCUUGUCUGUGGGCCGUCCAAUAUUUCAGUCGACAACAUCGUGGAACGUCUGGCUCCUAAGAAAGUGCCGGUUGUGCGCAUAGGCCAUCCGGCCCGUUUGUUGCCCUCGGUUCUGGAGCACUCUUUGGAGGUAUUGACCCACACAUCGGAAGCAGCAUCUAUCAUCCGCGACGUGCGGAGGGAAAUUGAUCAGAAGCAGGCGAGUAUCCGAAAGACUCGGUUCGGGAGGGAGAAGCGGGAGAUCUAUAACGAUCUGAAGGAAUUACGGCGGGAGUUCCGGGAACGAGAGUCUAAAUGCGUUGACAAUCUGAUCCGAGAGAGCAGUGUCGUUCUGGCCACACUCCACGGGGCGGGGGGGCAUCAAGUGAAGAACCAAAAAUUUGAUGUUGUGAUUAUCGAUGAGGCUAGUCAGGCCCUGGAAGCCCAAUGCUGGAUCCCGCUACUGUCCGCAUCCAAAGUCGUUCUCGCCGGCGACCAUCUGCAGCUUCCCCCUACGGUGAAAUCUACCUCGCAAAGGCCGAAGAGUGCGAAAUCGCCAGAGGCAAAAGUGGGGAAGAAUGCAGGUAGUGAUACCAGUGACAAGAAAAUUAUUGGGAGUGUUUCGCUCGACACCACUUUAUUCGACCGGUUGCUUGCGGUCCACGGACCAGGGAUCAAGAGAAUGCUCACGACGCAGUAUCGGAUGCACGAUUCAAUUAUGCGGUUCCCGUCUGACGAGCUCUACGAGUCCAAGCUGACGGCUGCAGACACGGUGAAAGCCCGGUUACUGAAAGAUUUGCCAUAUGAUGUGCAAGAAACCGACGAUACUAAGGAACCUGUGGUGUUCUGGGACACCCAAGGAGGGGAUUUCCCGGAGAAAACCGAAGAUAGCGAAGUUGGGGCGAAGGAGGCGCUCCUAUGGGAGAGCAAAAGUAACGAGACGGAGGCCUUGAUAGUUGGGAGGCACGUGGAUAAUCUGGUACAGUCCGGAGUGAAGCCUGAGGACAUUGCGGUGAUCACACCGUACAAUGGCCAAUUGGCUGUCUUGUCCCAAAUGCUGCGGGAGAAGUACCCUGGCCUGGAGUUAGGAAGCGUGGAUGGAUUCCAGGGUCGAGAAAAGGAAGCCGUGGUAGUUAGCCUGGUUCGCAGCAAUAGUGAGCACGAGGUUGGAUUCUUAGGAGAGCGGCGAAGGCUGAAUGUUGCGAUGACACGACCCAAACGACAUCUAUGCGUCUGUGGUGAUUCAGAGACCAUCAGCAAAGGCAGCGGAUUUCUCAAACGCUGGAUGACCUUCCUUGAGGAGCACGCCGAUCUACGCUACCCGGAUGCUGGGGAAUUACUGUGA